UGCAAUUCAAAUUUCAGGAAAUGAAAGUGUUGUUUGAGCAACGGUCUCGUCACACGCAGAGUGGAUUACAAACGCUUCUUCUGCUCCUUUUAUAAAAACACUCCAUCUUACACCUGUGCUAUCAGCAAACGAAGGCAUGGCAUCUAAAGGUGCCAAAGAAACCCUCGUCUCCAAGCUGGGAUUCAGAUCCAACAAUUCUGGCUCAAAGGCAGAGGCAGAGCUGGAGAAGGUCCGGAAGGAGAACGCCCACUUGAAGAAGAAGAUUGACGAACAGGCCAAACGGCACAUCAAGGCCCCCGACUCGGACAAGGGCAAGCUGCUGGAGAGGAUUCUUUCCCUGGAGACGCUGCGCGAGAGGAAUAAUCAGCAGCUGCUGGUUAAAGAGCAGGAACUGGAAAGUCUAAGACAACAGCUGUCAGCUAAAGGAGGAGAGGUGGUUGCGUCACUGCAGGCCCAGCUGGAGCAGCGCAGGAGAGAGGCAGAGCAGAGAGAUGGGAUGUUCCAGAACUUGUCACAGGAAACGGAGAAUCUGAAAAACAAGCUGGCCACAGUUUCCGCUCGUUGUCAGUCCCUGGAAGCGCAGGCCACGAAUGGCCAUGCUCCUGCUGCAGAACUGGUACAGAUGCAAGAUCAACUCAAAGAUGCUCUGGAAAAGAACCAGCAGUGGCUGGUCUAUGAUCAGCAGCGAGAGGUCUUUGUGCAGUCGGUCGUAGCCAGAACAAUGGAGUUGGAGCAGCAACUGGCGGAGGCCAAGCAAGAAAGCAAAGCAGAACCCGGCUCUGAGGGUAAAGAGGAGGAGUCUGACCUGAAAAAGCACUACGAGACGAUGCUUUUAGGUGUGCAGAAAGACCUGGAGAGCCAGAAAGAUCAGACUGCCAGAGCUCUGCAGGAGUUAAGUGUUCAGAAGGAACAGACCUUGAAAGCUCAGGCCGAGCUGCAGCGGCAGGGGGAGCAGGUCAGCCGGGUGCAGGAGGAGCGCUGCGUGCUGCAGAGGAAGUACGAGGACAAGUGCAGCGAGUUGUCGGCCUUUCUGAGGAAAUAUGAAGAGAGGGGAAAGGAGCUGGACGAAGCCAAGAUACAGCUGCAGGCGGAACGCCUUGGCAACAGACAAGUGGCGCACGAGGAAAGAAAGGUGUCGUCCGAAAGGACAGACAGGGUGAGAGCCGACCUGGAGAAGGUGGAGAAACGACUGGAUGAGGAGAAGAAGAGAUCAGCUGAGCUUCUGCAGCAGGUAAACAUGCUGCAGAAGUCUCUCAUCAGCCAGAAUGAAGAGCGAAGGAGAAUUGCUGCUCUGGAACAACAGAUCCAGCUCUCUGCCAAGGACUCUGAGAAUGAAAAACUUGAUCGUCAGAGCAUGCAGGAGCAAUUACAGAAAGUGCUGAAAGAGCUUCGUAAAGCUCGUGAUCAGAUUGCUAAGCUGGAGUCUGCUAAACASCCGAGUUCUCGCUUUUCAGAGCCCAGCUCCUAUGAUAAUCUGGAGUUCGAGCGCCUUACUAUUAACUCUCAUGGCCCCACGUCCCCGUCUAAAGUCAUCAGCCUCCUGGAUGAGAGUUUCCUGGAGUGUCCAAAGUGUCAGGCUCCUUAUCCAACCAGUCGCCACAGGGAACUCCUGGCCCACAUUGACUACUGCUUUGCCUGAAUGAACAGACCAGAUGAGURAUUCCCGACUCGGACAUUAACCGAAGGGGGUAGCUGGACAGUGAGAUUGGUUUUAACCAGAAUUAAGAUUAAAUUCUGAACAAAAUCUAAGCUUAAAUAGGUUGGGAAUGAACAAAACACAGAUCUGUUGAGCUGUGCAGAAAAUGUAUUUUUUAUUUUUUUUUUUAAUGUAGUUAUUCCAAAAUCUUAUGCAUUUUCUAUGCAAAAACUAUAGGAAUAUUAUUUUCACUCACUAAGAGGGUUUAAUGAUAAGCAGCUAUUUUUUGUUUUGUUUUACUGUCAUAAAUCCAUUUUCCCUAAAAUAAUGGAGGGGGGAGAUUACGAGGCUUUUUAUUUUUAUUGUAUGUCAUAUUUCAGACAAAAUYGAGACAAGAUAAAACUUAAUUCUAUCGGUUUUAUUUUUAUAAAAGAAGGGACUUUAAAGCAAACAAUUUUAACGAUGUUUGACACAUUUAGACUUGAUCACCUUUUAUGUAUUUAGUCUGAAAAAUCUUGCUCCAGUUUUUUUUUUUUUUUAAGUCCUAGCACUGAUCAUUGACAC